CACAUCGAGCACCGACUGGACGCCAUCUUUAGUUGUGGUCGACGGCGUCGGUUUCGAUUAGCGUCCGCGGUGUUCGGAUACGAAUUAUUAUUCCGGAUUUUACAUCGUUGUUUUCGAGUUGCGACGCUCUAACUCAAUUUUCACACUUAUUUCCGUAUUCUAGUAAAUACGACGUAGUACGUCUAUUUAUUCAAAUCGAUUUUCGCUGUCACGUUCGCGCGUCUAUUUACAAACGGUACAGUUUGUCGUCAAAUUGUCAACUUACGCCGAUUAUUUAUCAUCCAUUCGAGUAAUACUCCGAAAAACACUCCGAUGGCGUACAAUCGACGAAGCGGCGGUGGAUAUGGAGGUUAUGGAAGCGGAGCCGGCGGUUAUGGUGGUGGCGGUGGUGGAGCUGGCGGCCGAUAUAACAAUGGCAGCGGUUACCGAGCUGGAGGUAGCUCCGUUAGUCCUUGGCAAUCUGGCUCUGGGGCUGGUCCAUUACCACGACAGGCACAACAAGGUGCACAUCCUCCACCGGCUCAAUUGGCAAUGGCCAGUAACAUAAUUAGCAAAUUAUUAACAUCAUCAAAUUCAAUGUCUGGAGGUGGUUAUGGUGGUGGUCCAAAUCGAAGUGGAAAUUGGGGCAAUGGUCCUAGAAUGUCACAUAUGGGUAUGCGUCAAAGACAAGAUGGACAUGGAGGAUUCAAUAAAGAUAACAGGCGCCGUGGCGGUGGUGAUCCACACCAUAGAUUUUCUGGUGGAGGCCGUAAAUCAGGUGGAGUGAAAGAUGGAGAAAAACGUAAAUCUGCAGGAAAAGUUAAUAAUGAUGAAAACAAAAAAGGACAAAAUGAUCGUGAGAGAACUAAGGAACAAUUGGAUGCCGACAAAAAAGUGUCUUAUGUUGGUGUUCCUUCAGCCGUACUUUAUUGUCAUGUAUGUUCUAAACAUAUGUGGGAUUCUGAGUCUUUUGAAAAACACGUUCGUGGAAGACCUCACGAAUUGAUGAUGAAUUACUUAGAUGAAGCAUACAGAAUGCGUGUUGAUUUUAUGAGACAUCAAAUUAAAGCUGUUGAAAACCAAAGAGAAAUUGAUUUGGAACGUGUUACAAACAACAAACAUAAAUCCAAUAGUAAAAAUGCAGGGGGUAACUCAGGUUCUAAACCACUUUUACGUAGCUAUUGUCCUAUGUGUGAUGUACGUUUUUAUGGACCACUAACUGGGCAUCGAAAAAGCGAUAGACACAGGAAACUUAAACAAUUUUUGCAUCCAGAAUGCAAAUUGUGUGAUGCCUUAUUCCAUACACGGCUUGAAAUGGAUGAACAUAAACUUACUGCUGGACAUUUGAAGAAAGUGUCUGAAAUGCGCCAUGUGGAAUAUCCUCAUUUAAAGGAUGAUGAAUUUGAUCUGAUCGACAUGAUUAAAAUUGAAGAAGAAGAUCAACAAGAUCAUGAUCAAAUGCCUGUUGCUAAAAAAUAUGAAAUGCUUGGUGAUCGUGAUGCUACUAAAUUAAAAUUAGAGUUGGAAGGUGGAAGUGGAGAGAAACAUCAUCGUGGAAAGAAAGGUGCUGCUAAUGCUGGAAAUAAGAUAGCUGCUGCUGCUGCUACUGAUACUAAUUCUACUGCUGCUGCUGCUACUGAUACAGCUACUGCUGAAACAACUGCUAGUGAUACAGCAAUUACAACUAAUGAUAAAGAACAAGAAAGUAAAGAGAAAAAAGAAGAAGAGAUGGAUACAUCAGAUGUUAUAGCUACAGGAGAAGAAUCAGCUGUAGAAGAUGUAGCUGCUGAUCAAUCAAUAAAAGAGGAUAAUGCUAUUAACGAUUCUACAGCUAACAAAGAAAAUCAACCUGCAGCUUACGAUCCUAAGGUGGCAUUAGGAAAAGAAUUGUUGAUCCCUUCAAAAGGAUUUGUGUGUAGAUUGUGUAAUUGUUUUUUACUGGACGAGCAACGUGUUUCAAUCCAUUGUCAGACUGCGGCCCAUUAUAUCAAUUACACAACAAUGACCAAAAUGAAGGAAGCUACUUCAGUAAGUAAGAAACGAAGUAUUGAUCAGGUGAUCGAAAAAGAUGAUACUGUCAAACAAGGUGAAGUUAAAAUAAAAGAAGAAGAAGUCAAUAGUGCUGAAAAUAGUACAAAUGCUGUUUCUGAAAAUGUUGAAGUUGAUUCUGAGGAGAGUAGAAGUGUUAAACGCAUUAAAUUGGAUAUUAAAGAAGAACCUGUUGAUGAUGUCAAUAAAAUGGAUACAACUGAAACACCAGUAGCAACAGUGACUGUAAAAGUAGAAAAACCCGUAAUUGAAGAUAAGGUAGCUGAACCUGUAAAAGUGAUGCCAGCUGCAAUACCAAUAGUAACUCCAGCUACAAAGCCAGUGGCUCCAGCUACAACACCAACUAGAGGACGUGGUGGCGGCAGGGGUCGUGGAGGAAGGGGUGUUGCUAGACGUGGAGCACGGCGUUAAAUUUAAACUAAGAAAAAAUUUAAAUAUCAAAAUAAAAAAAUAAUUUACCCGCUUUUUAUUAUCCAGUAGUAACAGUGAAUUCUACAUUCAUUUUUUAUUAUUAAACAUUUAUAUUUAUUUGUAAUGACAAACCAUUAAUAAUUUAAUAUAUUUUACAUUUAUAAUUUACCCACGGACCAUAACAAUAUUUUUUUCCAUUAAAUUAUACAUAUGUCUGCUAUUAUUAUUUUUAAUAUUAUUAUUAUUAUAUGACUAGCAGUUUUUUUCUGAUAGUUAUUAAGUGUAGUGAUGAUAAUAUUAUUUUAGUAUACAUUAUUCUGGUAAUAAAUGUAAUCAUGUGUGACAAGUUAUACUAUUAUAUUAUUUAAAUAUAAAUUUAAAUUUUAACUUUACAAAAUAAUUAUUAUUUCGAGUAAGGUUUUUUUUUACAUUUUAAUACAUGUGUGUGUUUAAUAACUAUUUUAAUAUUAAUCCAUAUUAUUCUAUAACAAAAUAUAAUUUUGUUCUUUUUUCAAUAUUGAACCAUUGAUUACUGUGCUAAUUUUUAAUAAUAAUAAUUGUUUAGAUUUCAAGUCUCAUUUGUAGUAUAAAAGAUAGCUAAGAAAUUAAUAAACAUUUCUGAAAUUCUUAAUACUGUAUUGUAUUUUGUGAUUCCUUUAUUGUUAUUUCAGGAAAGUAUUACAACAAUAAAAUAAUAUAAUAAAGUAGUACAAUAAUGUAUGCAUUUAGAUUGUAAAAAAAUAUAUAUCACCAAUAGUGUUUAAAAACAAAUUAUGUAAAAUUAUUAUAUCUAUAAAAUAUGUUAAAUAUUUUUUGGAAAUAUUAUUUUAGUUGUAUUUUACUAUUUCUAUAUAAAUUUAAUAAUACUUGUUGUUAUUGCCUAAUCACAGCACCAUAUAAAUUAUAUCACUUCAUCACUAGGUGACUGUCCGUUAUACUCUGAUUAUUUUUUAUGUAAUGUAACAAAACUUUCAAAUAAAAAUAAAGAUAUAAAUUACCUACAAAUA